AUGAUGGACUCGAACGGCUCGUCCACCGUAUCCACCUCAGAGCUUGCAGCGUUUCUGGCUAAGAACAUGCCGGAGAUCCACCGCUCUAACGACGAGGUCGAGGCUCUGAUGCGUGUCAUGACCGGCCAAAUGGCCUCAGGUGGCGAUGACGCUGUCGAGGAGGACGACGAUGACCCGCUGGCUGGGCCGAUGUCCAUCAUCAGCGCUUGCUGCGGCCAUGCGCGCCAAAAGGUUGCCUCGCGCCGCUCGGCCUCUUGGCUCGACUUUCGCCGCGCCAUGGAGGACUGGCUGCUCUCCGACAAGGACCGCUUCGCGCUUGUCUCCGAGAAGAACCUCGACAGCGGCCGUGCCAAGAUCCACACCGCCAUUCAGGCUUGGUUCAAUCAGUUCCAGUCUGGCGAAGGCAUGUGGCCGGCCGAGCCUGAGCUCGGCCCAGGCCCGCUCGAGGCGGCCGAAAUCGCUCUGGCGGACUUUCCUGUCGACCACUCCAAGUACGCCCAGUUUGAGACCCUCCCGCUGCCGAAUCUCUCGCUGCAGCGCUUCUCUCGCUACGACAAGGAUGAGUACAUCGACCACCUCGGCGAGGGCGACUUUGGCCAGCUCAUGGCCGCCGUGCGGGACGCUGCCGACGCCGAAGAGGCGUACAUACCGACUCGCACGGUUUACUACCUCCUCCGCGGCCUUGUCAUCUUCCGCACCCCGAUGGAGCGCCGCGAGAUCGGUGAUGGCCUUAUCGGCCUAUUCUCCGCAAUCGAGACCGCUCUGCCGCGCCUUGUCAUCUACGCCGGCCUCGCCGACCACGAAAAGCUGCAGGAGAAGGCUCUGCUCUGCCUUGGCCUCCUCGCCCGCGGGCCGUGCAUCGGCGCCCUUCCCGACUCGCACGCCAUGCACGAGACCUCGCUCUACUACAAGGAGCUGAUCAAGAGCCUCGGCGGCGCCAGGGCCAUGCGCGUUGGCCUCGACUCGAACAACAUGGCGGUUACCUCGGCUGCUCUCCUUGCCAUUGGUGCCUGCCUCUACAAGACGCCCGAGAUGCGGUCGGCUCUGGUCGAGGCCGGCAUCGACGUCGCCGUCGUCAACCUCACCCGCUCGCUCGUCGACUCCACGCUCUCGACUACGCUGAGCUCGCCGAGUGUCGUCUUUCUUCGCCGUGCAGUCUGGGUCCUCUCGCUGUUCUGCGGCGCGACAACGGGAGAGUCGGCACCGUGGGAGCGGAUCAGCCCUGCGCUCCCGCUCUCAACAUCGCUUGUCCUCGCUUUCGGCAAGUCGAUCUUUGACCCGGUCGUCCUCCAUCACGCUCUCGCCGCCCUUGCCCACCUUCUUCCGGGCAUUGCCGUCGAGCACGCCUCCCAGGAGCUCCUGCUUGCCCUGGUCGCCCUCGUCACUUCGGAGCACGCUGCUGCUCGCGUCUCGGUCCUCUCGGCCCUUGUCCACAUCCUCACCGACGACAGCCUCGCUGCCAUCCUGCUCAGCCUCAACCUUGUCGACGCCCUCACCGCUGUCCUCCCGUUUGCCGACGGCGCAACCCGGCUGCUUGCCGUCCACCUCGCAGGUGUCCUCGCGGGCAUGAAGGGUCAGGUUCAGCCGCUCAUCGAGGCCCGCUCGUUUGUCGCCCUUACUGAGCUUGUCGCCUCCGACCCGGUCACUCGAGUCAAGGCCCUGCGCGUCUUGCAGUACGGGACCAGAGGGACGGCGUCGCAGGUCAAGUACCUCGUCGAGGAUCUGGGCAUGGUCUCGGUCCUCUGCGAGUGCCUCAAGCUGUUCCACUUUGAGGAUGACGAUGUCCUCACUCAGAUGUACGAGUAUACGCUCCCGGUCCUCAAGUUUGGCACCCUCUCAGUAGUCCUCAAGUCGAUCAAGAACAUCCUCAACGCCGGCGACAUCGAGGCCGACGCCUUGUCCGAUGUCAACCCCUAUGUCGCCCGCUUCUCGCUCGACGAGCUCGGCAUCUUUGGCCAGCUCCUCGAGGAGAUGACCGCCGUUCCGACCGAGGUCCUCGGAGCAUGGCGUUUCCAGGAGCCUGGCAAGCCGUCGGCCGAGGCCCGCAUCCACGGGGUGCUUCUCAAGCUCCGCUCGGUCUUUGAGGCCAUGCGCGGGAAACAGGCUCGCCACCGCGCCACCUACAUCCGCACCCUCAUGGACAAGUUCUUCGACUCGGGCCUGCUGAGCAUCGGCGUGCCGUCGGCAGCAGACACGCCGUCGGCCCGCGUCGGUCCGUCGGCCGGCCGUGCCUUGCCCAUCAAGGCCACUCUGGAGGACCCCGAAUGGCCCAAAGCGCCCAUCUUCUUCGAGCUCCGCAGCGUCAAGUACCACGACCUAGUCGUCGCUGUCCAGAAGCAGGUGGAGUACUUUGGCAAGCUUGUGAUGUACUAUGUCGAUGAGGAACUCAAGGCCCGCGGCGAUGGCGAGGCAGCCGCAGCAGCUGUGGAGGCUGAGGCCCGGGAGCGGAUGGAAGCCUCACACGGCGUGGUCAUGGUCGACUCGCAGGCCGCGUUUGAGCGAGCCGUCGGCCACUUUUACGGUCUCCGCGUCCAGCUCCACGUUGUCCGCGACAAGGACGACGUCACACCAGCGCUCGGCCUGCAGACCUCGAUCCUCUUUGACCGCAAGAACGCCAUGGACAUGGCUUCGAACGGGCCCAUGCUCCCUGGCCUCGACGUCGGCGCCUUUGCCUUUUCUCCGGCGGCUGAGCUGGCCACCGUCACCCACUUUGGCUCGGACGAGCUUGAGACCCUGUACGAGCAGUGGAAGGCCAUCGCCACCGGCGACUUGCUGGACGAGGAGCAGUUUGCCCACGGCCUGCGCAUGCUCGGCUGCACAGACGACGAGACCAUCCAUCGCAACUUUGUCGCCUUUGAUUCGGACCGCAACGGCUCGCUCGACUUUCGCGAGUACGUUGCCGGCCUCUCCACCCUCCAGCGUGGGACCGACGAGGAGCGAAUGCGCUUGCUCUUUGCCGCCUACGAUACCGACGGCAAUGGCAUCCUCACCCGUGACGAAAUGGCCGCCGCCAUGCAGGCCUCAGUCCAGGCCCGCGGUGACCAGAUCUCUGCCACCACCAUCGACCAGCUUGUCCGCACCACCUUUGACAACCUCGGCGGCGCAGGCACUCAGGGCGUCGACGUUGAGACCUUUGUCCAGGCUGCCCUUGCCGGCAAUCUCAGCCUCAUCUUUGAGAUCCAUGUCUCGUGA